AUAUAGGUGGUCUAAAGCAUCGUCAACAUCCGGCGACACGUCUUCCCAGCACCCAGCCGAGCCGUGUGAUACAUGUUUACUUAUUUAAACCUCUCCAGACUUUCAUCACAAAGCAAUGUUGUGUUUUUGACACUUCCCGACAAGCUGAGAGUCCGGCCGGCUGCUUAAAGUGUAAUUAACCAGCGGCGCUUUGCUUUAGACGCGCACCAGCUGCAAAUGGGGGAGGUGAGGAAGCUGCAGAAGAAGUUGAGACAGAUUGAGAAUCUGGAAAUAAAGAUCAGUCUUACCCCAGAGGAGAGAGCUAAGAUCUCCAGGAAGGCGGAGCUGCGUUCCAGAUUGGCUGAGCUUCAGCUGCAGCUUUCUGGCCUGCAGCAAACUCUGGGGAUUGUGGGGGACGGAAAAAAGGAGAAGAUGAAAAGACAAGUGGAGGAUGCUCCUGGGGCCCUUCCAUCACAAACGCCUCCAGCCUCCAAGAUCCUUAAGGGAGAAGAGGAGUCCAAAACUCAAGCAAUGCCACUGCCGGCUGCCAGGCAGAGGGAGACAGGAGGGGAACCAGAGAUAGGCAGACAGCGGGAAAGGACAGAGCAGGCCAAGGUGUCACAUCACUGCCGGUCUCCUGACACAUCUGUGUCAGGAGACUGUCCAGACUUUGACGAGGAGCAGCAACUGCGACAGGAAGAGGCUGAAUUUACAUCCCUCAAAGCGUCUUGGGAGAAGGCAAAGUUUCGCUUGAGGCUGUUGAAGGGUCACAAUGACAUAGUCACCUGUGUGGUUGCCAUUGACAACCUGGUGGUCACUGGAAGCCGGGAUACGACGGUGAAGGUGUGGCACGUUCCCACGGCAACGGAGCAGAAGAACCUGGGGGGUCACACUGGUGGGGUCACCUGUCUGUCUGCACCUCCUCCUGAGUUCUGCAAGAGGCUGGCCGGGUCCCUGUCUUUGUCCGGCAAGGAGAGGUUUAUUUUGAGUGGCUCGGCAGACUGCUAUGUGAAGAUCUGGGCCCUGAAUAUUGGGCAGUGUGUUAAGUCUAUCUACACGUUCAAUGCUGUGACUGCUCUCUGCUUUGUGCCAGAGGAAGACGGCUACAUCAUCACUGGAUCAGACGGGGGGAAAGUCCAAGCCUGGAGCUGGCACAGUUUUGAAAACUGCCAGUCAAUCAACGCUCACCAGGAAGCAGUCACCUCCAUCCAGUCUCAGGGUCCGCUGGUGUUCAGUGGCUCAGCUGAGGGAGGGGUGUCUGUGUGGGAGAACCGGUGUUCGAAUCGAGACCCCCUGAGGCUGCUAUACCAUUGGAGCGGCCAGGUGACGGGCUGUGGAGGGGGGCCGGAUGGGCGUCUGACCCUCAGCCCACGGGGAGACAGAGUGUUCCUGGCUUAUGGUCGAGCGUGGCUCAAGAUCCUGCACUGGAGGACUGGAAUGACAUCCAGACUGACCAAUCACAGCAGCAUCACCGGGGUAACAGAUUGUGUCCACCAGACAGGAGGCCUCCUAAUUGGCCCCUGCUAUGAUCUGGCAAAUGGAGAGAGCACGCUAAAUUUAUUCUCUCUGCCUGAGUGUCGGUACCUGACCUCUCUGACCUGGCCUGAUGCUCCCAGAAUCCUCUGCUUUGCGGCGUGGACCACGGGGAGUGGAGUCCACCGGUGGGUCACCGGAGGUUGGGAUGUCAUCGUAUGGGAGCAGCUUCCCAGAUCUGGGAAGCAGAGGGGUGACGUCACAGCGAAGAGCGACAGUCGAUUGGACUCCUGCUCGCUGGAGUCGGAGGGGGACACAGAAGAUGAUGAUGAGACUGAUGAUUACGAGGAUGAAGAUAACAACGAUGAAGGAAAAGACAGCCGGUCUGACGGUGCGGAGGAACGAGGGUCCGGCUCGUGGUUGCGCUGUGUUCUCCAGUGAGUGCUGGUUUCUCACGCUGAGGACACCACGGCCUGCAGCCAUGAAGAGGAAAUGAGAGGGAGGGAGCAUAGUGACAGCGAAGGAGGGUGUAGGGGAGUUAAGUGUGACAGACUGAGUGUCAGUGUCGGAGGGGGAGCAUAUGGAUGGAGAAAGUGAAUGUGUGUGUGUGUGUGUGUGUGUGUGUGUGUGUGUGUGUGUGUGUGUGUGUG